CGAGUGGCGGAUGCCGACUGAUGCACUCCGACGCUUAGCGUGCAGGCCGACGCUCACCAUCACCUCCUGUCCUUUCUUGUUUGAUACCCCUGCUCUCCCUGUUAGUUUCCCUGGUCCUGCCAUUCCCACAUAGCCCUUCUUGACCGUAACCAAGGUUUUGCUGGGAGCAACAUUAUCAGGCGAGCACCUGUCUGAACAACCGGCAAAGCUAACCAGGUCAACCGCGGCAACCGAGGAAGCAGCAGGCGCAGCGGCCCUUCAGCGACUGCGGCGUUACCUGGCGCCAGACCACCGACCGGGUACAACGCACGGCAGCUGGGACAUCCCCCACCUAAAGGUCAGUCCCCCACGAGCUAGACUCGCAGCGCCGCCGUUCCCCCAGGACGCUGUGGGCUUCGCGAGCAAGCCCACUCGACCCUUCCAGGGCAGUAUUCUCCGAGGAUGACCGCGUGAACCGUGAAGGCUGAACACUCUCUCUCACUCUCUUUCUUCCCUCACCUCAACGCUGGUUCCCUCGUGCUACGUCACUUUCUACGCUGCCGCUGAGCGCCCCUCCGUGCCCGUUCCGCUGCCAGCCACCAUUGUGCCCUGCCCGGUCCUUCCUCCAACCGCCGCCGCCACCACCUCAGCCACCAUGGCAGCUGUAGACACCAAGGCACUCGACGGCCCCUCCGUCACCCUCACUGUCCGCCUGAUCAUGCAGGGAAAGGAAGUGGGGAGCAUCAUAGGAAAAAAAGGGGACAACAUAAAAAAGUUCAGAGAAGAGAGCGGUGCCAAGAUCAACAUCUCGGAUGGGUCGUGCCCCGAGCGCAUAGUCACUGUCACGGGUUCCACAGAGGCCAUCCUGAAGGCCUUCUCGCUCAUCGCCCGCAAGUUUGAAGAGAUGUUGUCUCUGCUCUGCCUUCCCGUGCAGACGGUGGGGCCCACCCUCCAGGAGCUGCAGAGCAAUGGAAGCCACCUGCCCAAGCCGCCGGUCACACUGCGCCUCAUCGUCCCAGCAAGCCAGUGCGGCUCCCUCAUCGGCAAGGGAGGCUCCAAGAUUAAGGAAAUCAGAGAGGUGACAGGUGCUUCCAUUCAGGUGGCCAGUGAGAUGCUCCCAAAUUCCACCGAACGAGCUGUGACCGUUUCUGGUACUGCUGAAGCCAUCACAAAAUGCAUCUACCAGAUCUGUUGUGUCAUGAUGGAGUCCCCUCCAAAGGGAGCGACAAUACCAUACCGUCCAAAGCCAGCCAUGCCACCAGUGAUAUUUGCAGGCGGUCAAGCCUACACGGUUCAAGGGCAAUAUGCAAUUCCACAUCCUGAUCCGGGCUCAGUGCCGGCCCCCGCCGCCUCCAAUAUGGCAGGCGUCAAACAGGCGACCAACCUGUCGUGCCCCUCGUGUUUCUUUGUUCCCGCCCCGCAGCUGACCAAACUGCACCAGCUGGCUUUGCAGCAUGCUCCGCUGCUGCCAGGACACAGCGUCGGGGCCAUCAACCCGCAAGACGCUUCAGUUCAAUGGCGAUGCAAGACAGGCCCUCAUUACAUGGCCCAGGGUCAUCUACACCCACAGUGCUGGAACUCUUCAGACAUAAGCGCGCUUGCAGCGCUGGCAACCACCAACAACUUGCGGCCCAACACUGCAGCUGCUGCCAUUGCCACUGCAAGCACCACCACCACUGAAAUGACCAUCCCCAACGACCUCAUAGGGUGCAUCAUCGGCAAAGGAGGCUCCAAAAUCAAUGAAAUCAGGCAGCUUUCUGGAGCAACAAUAAAGAUAUCAAACUCUGAAGAGGGGUCCAAAGACAGAACAGUCACCAUCUCAGGAACGCCGGAAGCAAUCAACCUAGCGCAGUACCUCAUCAACACCAGCAUUCAGAAUGCUCAGCUACCUUUGCUCUGGAAGAACAUGGCCGUCGCUCCACUGAACUGAUCUCUCUCUGUGCCUCUCAUUGGAGGAGCUCCAGAGGUUACCACCAUUUUUUCUGCUACUUAAGGGAAGAGAGCAAGACCCCAGUAUUCUCCUGAAGCAAGCAGGAAUGGCAUGCAGAUCCAUAUCUCAUGGCAGCCAGGCUUGUAAAACACACACACCAACAAAAACAUCCUUGUUCCCCACUCCCUCGGACGCGAGAAAACGCGCUCGUUUUGGCGUGUCGCGAUGGCUUGGAAACUCUUCUCGUCAAGCAUGUACACCUUCUUUUUGUUACUUGCUGCACUGAGCCUACAAAAACUGCACGUAGCAGGUGCGUUGCACCGUUUGUUCCUUGUGCGCUCUUCUCUCACGAACCAGCACUGCACCGUAGCUGCAACACAGCAUACCGAUCUCGUUAUUUUUAUUUUACAUUCACCAGUGUGCAGGCAACUGCGAAUUUUUAACUUAUUCCUGGUCUUUACUCCAAAACUUAGUGAAGGACAUUCUUCUUUUUUUUUAUGUGCGCGUGCGAUACGGGUUUUGUGCGACAUGCUGAAUCAUGUCAGUAGAUUUAGACAUGACCAUGUCAAGAACUCUUACUUGACGGCAAAGUGCGCAGUUGAGAAGGUUUCUCUCUUUUCCCUGUUGCCAUGGGAUUAUUGUCUGCAAGCAGCCAGAGUACAGCACAUUGUAUGUGCUGUUCCUAUUUACCUCCUCAUAGGCGCGGUUGGGUGUUAAUCUGCAGAAAGUUCAGUGAACAUUGAACAGCUUAUCUUGGAUAUUUUUCCUAUGUUACUGCUGCCAUGGAGAAAAACGUCAACUGUACGGGCGCACAGAGUGACAGUAGUUCAUGAUUUGGUGCCAAACUUUCCACGUAUACUGCAGUUUACUCAUAUGCUGAAAUAAUGCUUAGAUGUUUAGGUUUGUUUCGUUUUGUUUUCCUCUCAUUCUUUUUAACAAAUUGCUGUUUUUAUUGAUUUGUUACUGUUGUGGUCCUGAUGGCUACAUUUUACAGAUAAGGUUUUGAUAGCCUUGGUUCGCAACUGCAAUAGCUAAUCUUAUUAACAAUUGCUUAUUAGUGAGCCUUGCUAACCUCUUGGUGAAUUAUAGUUGAGGUAGACUCUGUGGGAGGGGCCAACCUUCUGCAGUCAUUCAUGCGGUGCCUCUGGCAUCCUUGGUUACAAAAAAAGCACAAAGAAUACUCAAGUUUUGCCGUUAAUGCUGCAUAAUAUUUUUUUAGCCAGGCGUGAAGCUUGACUUCCUCAAAAAAAGAAAAAGGAAGGUUUUCUAAUGGCAAUAAAGCACUUAAGAGUGCUUCAGGCUUUCUUUUCUUUUUAUACUCAUUUUUUAAUUCACCUAAGUCAGCUUAAAUAUUUUUUUCUGCUGCGGCAUCUUAAUGUGGCACGUCUUCGCAACCUUAGAAACCGGAUCUCCAUUUGCUUCAUUGAAAAAUGUUCAUUGUUGUGGCAUUCGUUUUUGUUAUUUUUAUGCAUAAUGAAGCGAUCAGUAAGGUAAAUCCUUAUUUUGAUUCCGUAAUUACACUGUAUUCAUAUGAUAAUUAUCAAUAAGGUAAAUCCUUAUCUUGACCUAAGUAAUAACACUGCAAGGUUACAAGACUCUUCACAUAAGUGGGAGCUCAAACGAGGAAUCAGUGGAUAUUUGAGAGUGCUAGAUUGCAAAUAAGUGCCACAUUAAAAAUAUGUGCUCACGAGAAUGGCUAAACAUGAAUUUGUAGAUGAGAUAGAAGCUUUUAUCAAGAUCAUUGACAUAUUUUCUGGAAAGCAUCCUUUACUGCACUGAGAAGCGGGAGUCACAAUGCAAUUAUAAUUCAUAGUUAUAUGUUGUAUCUUUUAUAUUUAUCCUUUCUCCUGAGCUUGUCAGUGCUGUUAGCACAGUCAGCCAGAUUAGUGUGAUAAUGCCAAGCAUAGGUGGUGUCCAAACUCAUGCCUUGAUGACAGUGCCCUCGGGAUAUCUGGAUAAAAUUACAUGGACUUUGAGGACCAUUUUUCUGCCUGUUGCCUGCGGCAAAAGCGAUUGCGGAAGCUGGAAACACAUCGUGUGCUUCAUUGUUUGAACACCAUCUGUUGUAAUGAAUUUUAUCUGUAAAUUCUUUUUAGUGGUCACAAUUUUUGUCUUGUAAAAGAACAUCAGUGUAUUAACUCACUGCACUCUGCAUUGCCUUCUACAGACAUCAAUACCAUGUCAUUGUUUAAGGAGUGCAUAUGCUGUGUCAGCCAGUUCGACAAAGCUUAUUUCACACAAGGUUCAUGUGCAAGUGAGUCCGCAAUGCAAUCUAUGAGCAAUCUGUUCGGUUUUGUAAAUGUUAGCAAGAAUUGGGUGUUAGAAGCCAAACAUAUCAAGUGCUGAAUGCCAAGCAAGAACAUAGACAUUGUCAUGUAGUGGAUACGAGGCAGGUAAAAUUGUGUGUAAUAUGACAUUUGAGAAGAAUGUGCCUCUGUUCUUGUGUAGUGUCUAGAGUUCUGCCUGUGCAGAAGGUAACCCAGAGUUGGCUAGAUUUUCUAGUUGGUCCUCUGUGAAGCAUGUAUUGGUUCUAUUAUCCACAUUGACGUACAUGCCAUUGAAGUCAAAGAAUGCCAAAAGUCUGCUAUCUGCCAUGAUGUAUCCUACAAUUCACACGCAACGUUGAAAGAGCAGAACUAUUGUCAUAUACUAGAGGCAUGUAGGUUGAGCUUAGGGCUUUGUAGUAUCUCAUAUUAUUAUUUUAUUGUUACUCAGCACCGGUUGACUCUAUAGGUUACUCUUGCUGGCGUUAAUUUAUCGGUUAUGGAGGCCUAAUACGCCAAUGGUAACCUCGAGAUUAAAGCAAGAACAUAAUGUCAAAGAGAACAUUAUCUGCGCAAGUUUUGCAAUGGCAAGGACACAUAUCAGAAGGUUAUAAUGUGUGAUUGUACUUUGAUACAAAGCUUAAGAAUGGCAAGAGGUGCAAUUUUAAGGGACUGCUGCUUUAGUAAUAAUUGCAAAAAAAAAACAUGCAGCAUCACAGAUGUGCAGGGAAAAUCCUUCUCCCAAAAGGCGUAUAGCAUCCCAUGUUUAACGAACAAAAGGCAUAUCCUUGGAACAAGUGCAGAAUGACGUUGACUUUUUUUUUCUAUAUUAGUCUCACACUGGCAUAAUUCCUGUCUUUGAUGGCCUUGUUGGCCAUUGAAACACCCUUCAUCUUGUAAAUUUUUCUAUACACAUGGAGUAUAUAUAUGAAUAUAUAUGACAUAGUAUAUGUAUACAAAGGAAACGUCACUACAGUCAAACUAUGCACUUUCAUAAAUGUACAAAAUGAGAGAUACAAGACCGGGCAGCAUAUUCUGUAGAAUUCAGACCUGCUUUAGAUGUAUAACACCUUGUUUUGUUGCGUGAACUUUUGGCUGAAGCCUUUGUGAAGAAAUCUGAGCAUUUGUCUCCCUACGUCAGAUUCUCGUUACGUCAGCACACAAAGUAGCGACAAAGAAAUUCAGAGAACCUAGACUAGCAUUCGCUAAUGUUGUGUGCCAAGUUUUAUACCUUGUUUCCACAUGUUCGGCAUUGUUGUUCUUAGAGGACUUGUUAAUGGUUCUAAGAGUAAUGUUUGCUUUUUUUUUUGGGGGGAGUUAUAUUUUCUUGCAGAAUACUUAGUGCUUCUUUUAUAAAUCCAAGCUUCUGGUUAGUGUGGCAACUAGAAUCGCUGAUAAUUCCUUAGGAUUCGCUUUGUUUGCUAUACCAGCUACCAAACAUCCCUGUGUUGUGUGUUGUGUGAACAGAUAAUGCCAGCCCCGAAUUUGGCCCAGGUGUAUGCCUUCUCAGUGUAGUGUGCACUCAAACCAGGAGUCUCCAGAUGAGGACCAUAUGUAGUUUGUUUUUUAUGGUGCUAGAGCAACGUCAUACUGACCCCUCCAAGGCAAAUGCUGAUUGCGGAAGAAGAAAAAAAAAUGUGUUUCUAUUCUAGUCUCUAACGUGUCGCAGUGGCAAUGUGUCACAUUAAUUUUACUUGUACACCCCCUGAGAAUGCGGCAUAUGUGUAACGCUCUUUUAAGGAACCAGUUGGGUCGAGUCAGCAUUAUGCAGUAGCUGAUCUGUGACUUAGUUGUCCUAAAGCCUACUUGUCCGCAUUAUGUGCCAUUUCAAGCUAGCGAGCUAGCAAAGUUUAAAAAAAAAAAAAAGGAGGAUCUCAUGCAAUGCAAUGUCAAGGUGUUAUUCUCAAACGUACAUCUGUUGCGCUAGAUCUCAUCAUGAAUAGUUUUUGUUUAGCUUAGUGCCUCCAUACAUUUCCCCUCCUUUUUCGUAAUUUUUUGUCAUUUUUUGUACUAUCGUAAUUUUCAUUUUUAUGAGAAAACUCUUACGGCGUAAAGCGUCGUCUUCGGAUCGUUAACAAACCCUCUGUACGAGGUGCUUUAGGGAGCUCAAAGCUGUUAUAUAUACUUCUCAUAGUAUGUUCACUGACAAAGUAUCUUCGUAGUUCUAUGCUUUCAAAACGUUAGCUUGAAGUGUUGUGGCAGUUGCAAAAGCCUUCCCGUUCACCACUGUAUCCCGCGAGUACUUUCUUUCCCACUGUAACCGAACCUUUGACCCUUCGUCACGUGCUUGCUCUCUCUGUCUCUCGAUUUUGUGUCACUUCAAUCCUUGCGAACAUGUAUAAGUCAGUAUAACGAGACGUUUGAGUCGUGCUCGAAAUAUUGUUGACUGCACCGUUUUACAUUCUUGCACUGCGUGCCCUCGAGGCUCGUCUGCGUUGUCUGUUUUUUUUUUGAUAAAGCGGUUAAUUCGUAGCUUUUAACGGACUUUUUGGAUCUCACGCAUUGAACGCUUGUAGCGAGCUAAAAGCUUGUUUUGUGAAGAGCAAAUGCUUCAUUCUUCUUUGCUUUCUUUCUUUCUGUAUUCACUUUAUCUCUCACUCAGUCAAUAACAUAUCACAUACUAUGCAGCACAGACUUGCAAUACACUUAUGGCGGUAAUUUCGUUUGCUGGAGAUGUAAUUGGCUUCUUAAUUUUACUUAAUUUUUCUAUCUGUACUUUUUCCAUGCUGCUUUCCUUUCUUUUGGAUAAACAUCCGCUCCUCCCUUUUAUCCUCCGUACACCAAGCACUAUAGCAAUAGUAGCACUGCUUUCUUGUAGCGUUGAUGAGACCAUUAAAUGGUGUGGAAUUUUUCGUCAUCCCGUACUUCGGUGCAGUAGAAGACGCGCACGUUCACCGCCACCUGCGAACAGUGAAACUAAAAGAGUAAGAGCGAGCGACUCGAAGCAAGCCUUGUAGGCGCGUUGUUGUAGCCGCGAUUAGUGCGAUAACGCUGCGCAGGCAUAUAUUAUAGACGCAAGACGUGAACGGCUUUUUUUGCCACGUGCAGAAUUGUCUUUGGAAUGUCGUUCGAGCUGCGCACGACAGCUCCGUGUGGCAGGUACAGCGGUGUUGUUUUUUGAGGCCACCGAAUUAUGCAGACGCAAAGCUGCCAAUUUAACAUGGGCAUUUACGCGAGCACGGAAUGCACCCACUUUAUUUUUUUUUUCUUUCCCGAUCCCACACCCGACGAGCAGAGGAACUUCUCCUUGAAAGCUCUCUUCACCACAAACAUACUGUUUAUGCGGGAAAGCAUUCCAUACUUUUUGCGGGCAGCAUUGACGAUGCCUUCGGCUUUCUUUUUUCUUUGUUUUCCGAAAUACUCACACAGUUUCUACUGUUUGCUUUCUUUUCUUUUUCUUUUUGCUUUGAUAAAAUGUUUUCGCAAUGCAUAAAAAAGCGUGAAGGUUGUAUUCAAUGGCUUUGUUAAAUGCUCAACAUUGAUUGCUCCGUCGUUCUCUGAAUGUUUUCCUUCGAACGCGUGUUUCGCUAGUUGAUUGACGUUUGUCGUUGUCGCAGUGCACAGGAGUGCACUUUUUUUUUUUUCUGCGUGUGCAUGUGUGUGAAACUUUACAAGUAUAUUUAAUUGUUCUGUGAUAACAAUUUUACUGAGACACUGUUCGUGGUAUAUAUCUUUGUUGGUCUUUUGAAUGCAUAAGAAUUAAACGUUUGUUGUUUUUUGUAUUUUUUUCUUUUUGAACGUAAAAAAAACUGCGAUUGAGUUUAUUUUGGCGGCCGUUUCUCGUCGCAUGAGGCUGUCACGAUUAGCCUUAACUUCUUUCUUUUUUUUCUUCGUCGUCUUUUCAGUAGUCUGGUUAAAGGGAAGGCUGUAGCCCCUCAAGCACGUGAGUUUCGUUUUUAAGUCAAACGACCUGCAUUUUUUGUUUGUUUGUUUCCAGAACGUCGCAUUUAACACCGUAGUCAAAGCAAGGUUAAGGCCAAAAGAAAAAGUCUUUCUCAGAUUGAUUUGUUUUGUAAUGUUGUGGACAUAUAUAUAUAUGCACGCGAAUUGCGACGUUCGAGCAAAAAAAAAAAAAGGGAAAAGGUUGUAGCGCAGACGAGGCGCUCUGUGGGCGACAGAGACGGGCGCCUCCGAGUAUCUAGUCAGAUGGCCCACACAGAUGUCAUUGCAUGCGCCUAUAGUCUGUGUGUAUGAAUGGCUGUUGUGUCGUGCAGUGUUGUACAAGCUCUUAUCUGUUGACACCUUGCGGCCACGGUUAGCGAAGGACGCGCGUCGUGGACUCACGCGCCACUUCGGUUUCCCCGUAUUUUUCUCGUCUUGAUAGGCCGAGUUUUCGAAACAGUGACGUUCGCGCCGCACUUCGUCGUGAUGUGUGUGUAAUGCAAACGCACAGCGACGUCUGGGACUCCCACUUAAGUUAUGGUGCGUGUGCUCUCGCGCAGCUUGCUUUUGUGCUUGCGUAGGAUGUCGCGUGCGAGCGCGCGUGCAGGCAGGAAAUGGCGAACGCCAACGGCGAACGAUCGAGUUGCACGCAACUCAGCUGAAAUUUCCUGGACACGUAGUCGGUACAGCGCUCGUCUAUAUGCUCAGUACCGGAGCCCUGGUUGCUCUUGGUCGUCCAGCGCACGCGCCAACAGAUCAAGCGACCACUCAUGAGUGACAGCUUCAACCCUUUACACCUCCCCAUCUUACCCAAGCCUCCAAGUAAACUUCGUAUUUAAACCCGACACCUACCCUAUACCGCGAAUUUCGUCGCUAGGUGCCGCUGUGGCGCACCUAUGCUUUACUCCCCAUGCGUGACAGUUAAGCACUGAGAUGCCAGGAGGAUCGCUUUCAGGGUUUAGGGAGAACGCUGGUGCCGAAAAACUGCGAGUACCGCAGUGGCGUUGCGGUGCAGUCUUUUUCUCUCCAGAUGUCGUCGACGUCGGCAGUGACGUAACGAUGACGGGUCGUCAAGUUGCGACACAGACUUGCUUUUUCUCCUCUCCUCCGAUUAAUUAGUCCCACAGCGAGCACUGCACUCGUCAUCGUCUCUUGUUUCCCGCCUUCCCGCCACCCUCCCCCGAUCGCGUCAUUUUUCGGAAACUGGGGGGAAAAGGGAGAAAAAAAGUACAUAAAGAAAAAAAAAAGCACGCUGUACUGAAACGCGCGCGGCGCAGUCCCUUUUGUUCUGGGACUGCGGGAAACGCGGUAGUCCGAGUUACAGGGUCGCAUACAUACACUUGUACAGAUCUCGUUUCAAGCCAAAGCUGUUGCCCCCUUACCCGCGUUGCGUACUGAUGUGAGAGGAAGAGGCGCACGGAUAUUGCGCGCACGUUGUCGGUUGAGUUUAUAUUUUUGUUGACCGGCGGUUGUAGGAAACCGCUGCCGACGUGUGAUGGCGAUGACAGUCUCGAAGGAAGGGGGCAACGCAUCUCAGGUUGUCCUCGCCGCUUUUUGCUGUGCGCACCAGUCAUGGGUAAUGAAACGGCAGAGAAAUAUUCAGGAAGCGAGGUUAAGAAAAAAAAAAAAAGAGGAAGACAGUGCAAUAUGAGGAAGGAGCCUUUUUUUUUUCCUGCCUAAGCGCAGUGCGUGCAAAGUGAAAAAAAAAAAAAGUCUUUUUUGUAGACUGGCUGCGUAUCGCUUGCAUAUGUACAUUAUUAGAUCGUACUUUGUUAUUGCGUUCUUAUUUUUGUAAAAAAGAAAAACGAAGGGCGGAUGAGAGCGCGUGUAAAAGGCAAAAAAUAUACACUGCUCAAGAGGCGGAAAGUUUGUUCAAACAAUCACUAACGUGUAUCACCGUUUUCACUUUUUUUUCUCUCUUCUUUUGACGGGGAGAGCGAGGGGAAAAAAUAUUGACACGAGGGGCGGCGAAGCAAAACGCGACGCUGUGUAUAGGAUAUAGAUAUGUAUCUAUAUAUGUAUACUCUCUACACCCACUAAAGAAACACAUAUCAUGCACUUUUUUCACAGUUUGCUCACAUAUCUUGUCACGUGUGCAUGUGCUCGCUAGAGCGCUCUGCCGCCGCGGGCCCGCGCCCUGUACGCCAGCGGCCAUCUUUGAGGUCGAGGCAUUUACCAACUGAGGGAAGCGCAGUGUCGUUUCCAACGACGUUAGGCGCCUUUUUAUUUGUUUAUUUUUCGUUCGAAAUGCACCAGGGAAGUCACGAUAAUGACGAAAGCGGCAUCCACGUGUUGACGUGAUUUCGCCGUUGCAUCAAUUGUCAUCGGUUCGCGAUCAUAUCCGCUAUGGCGGCGUGUACAGUCGGCGUCAGAGAUUUAGGGACUACUGUAGGCUUGAGAAGACUUCGAAUUUCCCAGAAACUAACGACUAUUCGGUAGAACUGCGCAGUACAUGCUGCUAACGCGUUUUAGGACAGGCCGGAAAUGUAAAUUCAAGGCUCCCUGCUGAAGCAAAGGGAAUAUUCAUCUCUUAGAUGUGAAGCAUCUUAUAGCGGAGUUCAAUCCGGUGGUGGUGGUGGUGUGCGGCGUGACCACCCUUACUGCGCAUGCGCAAACCCGCUACACUUCUCUUCCCCCUCUCCACUUCCCCUCUCCCCUUUCCCUCUCACCACUUCCCCUCUGAAACGCGGGCUCUACAUGCCGAAACACUGCUUCGCGUGCCGAAACACUGCUUCGCGUCGCCUCAUGGUCCCCUUUAGCGGGAGAUGGUGUGAUUUUUUUUUUUUUGCUUGCGUCUAAUGGUCCCUAAACUUUUGACGUUGACUGUACGUUAUGACGGCAUGCACCUUUAAGUGCCCACUUGUCGGUCACUACAAGGAGCUUACUGCAGAGCCGCGUGUGUUAUGCACGGUCGCCGCGACUGGCGAUGCCGCGCCGGAGAUGCGUCCGAUGCGUGUACGUGUGGGCGUCGCUUUUCGGCUAGCCAUAUAGCCUGCCAACAAGUGAACGUCACAAAGUUGGCAUUAUGCAUCCUGGCGCUUAGACAGCUCAGGUCCUAACUGCAUUGCCUUCGUUUGCUUUGCUUUUUUUAACGAGACGCGUUCUUUUCGUAUAGUUUACAGAGGGCCAUAAAAGGGAGAAACAGCUUGGUGCGCGAUGGAAGCCUCGUUUCAUCGCGAUGGCAUGUUGCAGCAUGGUCGGCAUGUACGUUUUUCUGUCGAAUUUCCCGAGACUCGCCAAUGCCGUGCACGAUCGAUUACCGAGGUUCCACGGACUAGCUCCUGCUUGUGUCGAUCUAUCAAGCGGCGCCAUAUCGCAUCAUUGUCGUGGAGAGGAGGCCAGUGGUGACACGACGGUGUUAACGCAGAAGCGAUGCCGCUGUAUCGAUAAGCAUGCGAAUGUGGCCCUACAUGCGAGGCAACCUCUUUCUUUUUAUGUAACAUUUCUCGGGCAUCUCUUGGAAGCUGUAGCUCAAACAAGUUGGGAUGAUUCGCUGGGAGAUCGCCGUGGUCGCUAGUUCUUCAGUUUGCUCACUCGUUUUUUUUUUUGUUUUUUUUCUUUGCGUUUUGAAAUGGCGCUUUCUCUGUCGAGGCUUUUCGCUUGCACUAACGACCGGCUAAUGUCCGCCUUUGUCGUCACGUGGCGCUGCGAUCGCGCCCGGUCGGCCGCUGGCAGGACGCGGAGCGCCUCCUUUCGAGGAAAACGAGAGAAUAAGUUGAAGACGACGCCCUUGGGUUGUCUUUUUUUUUUUUGUCUGCCAAAACGGGCGCGUCGAUGCCAAGGUCUCAUUUAUGCAAAAGAAAAAAAAAGUAAUUGUAGUGUGUAAAACCACGACACAUAGAGACAGAGAGAAAAGAAGAGAAGAAAAUAUAUAGAAAGAGAAAAAAAAUAUAUUCAGCAAAACAUGGGUUCGUUCGUUUGUGUCGAACUUUGUGUUUCACUCAUUGUACAGCAGAAGUGAUGUGUGUGACUGUGUGUGUGUGCGUGACACGCCAGAUUUUUUUUGUCGUUGUUAUUUAUUUGCGGUUUUUGUUUCUCUAUUCUGUCGUCUGCAUGAUAGAAAAAAAAAAGCUGUCUCUCGUUAUUCUCAGGAAGCGGACGCCACUAGUCUUACGUAGACCGCGCACGCGUGGUGAUGCCCGCCUGCGUUCGUUUGCACCAGAUACUAUAUCGUGUAUACAUACUAGCCGUACUGUUUCUGCCGUUGAUGCACCACUCUUUGUCUUGCGUUUCUCUGUCACUUUUUUGCCGCUUGCUGUUCCCGUAUUGUGUGUAUAACGCGGAGAAGGAAAAAAAAAAGACGCAUUAACAUUACAUACACAGUAUUUAAACUCGUAUAGUGAUGAUGCGUGGUGUAAAAGACGAGCGCUGAGAUUUGAUGGAUUGUACUUAUAUCGGGGGAAAAAAAGUGGAGGUGAAUAAAAAAAAGAGCAAACAAACGCCGCUAUUUGAUGCAAUAAACUCUGAAGAAGGCGUGUAAGCACCUCGAUUUACUCGUCUCUCGAGGUAAUAAAGGAGAUAUUUAUAGAUGUUCUUCACGA